AUUAUUUUAAAAAUGUAAAUUUCUCAAUUUUAACAAAAAAUCAUGUUAAGACUCACGCGCACAAUUGAUACUAGUACGUUGUAUUGAUAAAACACACGUGGUUUCUAGGGAACUUAGUUCCGUGAGCUCGUCCUUAGAAACAGAAGAAAGUGAAUUAAUAAUUUAUAAUUGUGCAUGUUUUAUGUCUUUAUUAUUAAUCUACAAUUGCAGGCAAACUUGCGCAACAAUAUUCUAUAAAAAUAUUAUAAAAUAAUCGAUUAAAAACGAAUUUACAGAAUGACAAACAGUGAUAACAGUAGAAGUGCACAUAACAAAAACAUGUUUGUAGAUUGUAAUAUUAUGGAAUCAACCGUUGCGCUAUCAGAUUAUUCACAUUCCAGUGCAUUAAAGCAAAUCAAAAUGAAAGAUUACAUAAAAGAUAUUUGUGUCUCGGAAUUUUCGACGGAGUGGGAAAGAAACAUAUUGAAUUUAAUACCUCGCAGAGACAGGCAAAAGCAUUCCUCUUUCAUAAACUCAGUGAUGACCGAGGUGAAAAAUAUGUACAUUGAAAAUAUGAAGGACUUUAUACUGAAAUCCAUAUUAUCCUGCAAAAUAUAUAAGAGAGAACAUGUUGCUUGCGAAGAAUGCGAAGUGUCAGCUGGCUCGGAGCACAUUUUCGAAAAAAUAACGUAUGACAGUGCGAUAUUCACGAAACGCCGCGAUUCAUUCGCCAAAAGAUAUUUCCUUUCCUAUCCGAUAAUCCGACACGUUAUGAACACAGCACAUCGUAUUCUUCCCGCGGUGAUCUGUGAUUUCAGGCGUUAUCAUAAGCUCGGAAUGUUAACAUUGCACGGCUUUCAAGACACCAUCCUAAAGGAUAUCAAAACAAGCGCUUUAGUGAUAACCAAUCAGUUUUACACGGAGACGUGCAAAGCCGUGCAGAGCUCGAAGAUGCUGCACAGCCUCUCCGCGAAACGCCUGUCACAGCUCAUGCGAUGCCUCACGAACGUGUUCGUUCAGCAGAUUCUCAACGUGAUGAUGAGAUCGAUCGAUCAUGUGAUAGAUAUCAUGAGAGACGGCCGUUUCUGUCCGCAGAUCGAGUUUCAGCUGAUAUGCAAAGGUGAUCGGCUCGUGACCGAACCGGACGUAGAGAAGGUAUUUUCGACGUAUCACAACAUUAUCGAAAACAUCGAGAACAUCGCGCGGGACUUGAUGCCGUUGGAGGAGUGGCUGGAUGUCAGAGCGACGGAGAGGUACAUAAAAAUCGCGCCUCCCGACUGGUUCCUCGAAAAGUCUCACCGCGAUUUGCAGGAGAUACUGGACGCUCUGUUUCGACCCGUCAACGAUCACGUGGCGUUCGUCUCCGCGGAAUUCAGCGGCGUCUGCAAAUCGAGCAGCAGGCGCCAGAUAUCGUCUCUGGCGUCGAAACGACCGGAUUUCGACGCGUAUCUCGCGCACAUACGCAGGUACAGCGAGUACCUCGGCAAAGCGAACUCCAUGCUUUCCAAUCUGUAUUACAGCGUGGGAAAAUUGGAGCAGAACGGCGCCAAGGAGUCUCUGAGGCAGAUCUGCUGCGACGUUAUAGACACCCUGACGGCGAAGCUCGUGAUGUAUCAUCGGGACUACAAUCGCUCGAUCUGCUCGGACUUCGAAGAUCUGAAAUCCACGGCGCUGGACAUCCCGAGGGACGCGAAGUCCUUGAUACAGUUAGCCGAAUACAUGUCGCAAGCCUCGAAAGUGUUGAUGAAGGAGGAGGAGGAGAGGAUACGGCAGUCGGUCUACAUGCUGAACAAAUUGUUGGAGAUCACCGUGUUCACGGACGAGCAUGUCGACUUAAACAGAGCCACUAUGAAUUGGCUGCACGACAUUCAGCCGGUGUUCGCGCAGAACAACACGCUGUGCGAGGCGAUGAAGAGCGAGCUGGAGGAAGAUCUUCAGCGGCGCAUAAAUGCGCUGAACUCGGAAGUCGACGCGAUGUUCCCGCAACUGAUCAUCCUGGACGACAUGGACGAUAUAAGCAGGAUCGGAGAGUACACGGAGCAUUACAAGGAUCUGAUAAAAAGAUACAAAUUUAUGGACGACGAGAUGGAAGUUAUCAAUUCGGAGGAGAGGCUGUUCAGGUUUCCGGAAACGGAGUUUCCAAAAAUAAUCGAGCUGAGGGAGACGAUCGUGCCGUUCUACGCGCUCAUACGGACCGUUCAUCAGUGGCGGAAGGACAACUCCGUGUGGCUGAACGGCCCGUUCGAGUGGCUGGACGCCGCUGUGAUCGAGAAGAAGACCGUGAAUUACUUGGACGAGAUCACGGAGGUGAGCAGAACGAUGAAGUCGCGGAUCAAAAUGGACGCGACGGCGAACAAGUCCUACAAGUUCUCCGGCAUCGCCGACGAUCCCGAUCCGAUGCAGCAGCCCGCGCCGCUGAAGCUGUGCUGGCAGGCGCUGAAUGACAUUAACGAAUUUAAAGCUUACCUGCCGCUCGCGGUUUGCAUGUGCAACCCGGCGCUGGAGGCGCGCCACUGGAACGAGAUGUCCGCGAUCUGCGACUUCGAUCUCACGCCGAACGCGGGAACCACUCUGAGGAAGAUGAUCGACAUGAACCUGAUGGACAACAUCGACAAGUACAAGGCGAUAAGCUUGGGCGCGAACAAAGAGCUCUAUCUUCAGCGAGAACUGGCUGAGAUGGUGCGAGAGUGGGAACCGAUGUCGUUCGAGAUGUCGAGCGACGCUGAAACCGGCGUGGUGGCCUUCAAACACGUAAACGACAUCGAGGAACUUCUCAGGGAGCACGUGAUUAAAAUCGAGGAGAUGAGAGCGUCGCACUUCGUGAAGCCGAUACUGUCGGACGUGAUCGAGCUCUUCGCUGUGCUCACGAGAAUUCAGCAGAUCCUCGAUCAAUGGGCACGCGUACAGUCGCGCAAACACCGUCUGCAGUCAAUAUUCUCUUAUCCGGGGAUAGAAACGCGUCUGAAGCAGGAAACCUCGUUGUAUCUGGAAGCGACGAGAACUCUGCGAGAUAUUAGCGAGAGAUUCGAGGAAAAUCCGAGCUUCGAGGAAAUCAAGAGAUCGUCGAACCUGUUGCAGGUCUUAAAUGAAGUUAACGAGAAGCUGGAGAGAGCGAGCAGAGAUGUGAGGAAUUAUUUAGAUGCUAAAAGAUCAUCCUUCACGAGAUUCUUCUUCCUUCUGGAUUCGGAAAUUCAGCAAAUACUGUUCGAAUCGACCAAUACGACAAAACUGUGCGCGAUCGUGAAGAAAUGUUUCGCUGGUGUGGAACGAUUGAAAUUUAACAAAUCGAACUACAUCGGAGGCGUCAUUGGACAUUAUGGAGAAAUCUUGCGUCUAAAUAACGACAUACUUAUCGAUUCUAGCAAUAAGUGCGAAGAGCAAUGGUUGAUUCAACUCGAAAGAGAAAUGAGAGAUGCGGUUUGCGAGAAUAUUCUGCGAUAUCAUCCUCUUAUUACCGAAAAUUCGACGUGUUUUCCCGUCGAUAAUUUUCCAAGCAUGGCGAUCUUUUGCGGUUUACAGCUUCAUUGGACCUCUUCGGUGGAAAAAUGUCUCGCGCCGCCGAACACCGAAAUGUUAAACUCUUUACUCGCGACAUACGCCGAUUGGACAACAUCGAUAAUCGAUGAAUUGAAAGAGAAAUUAGCGCGAAGACGCCGAAAUCUGCUGAUGUCACUCAUCAUUAUUAUGUCCGCUCAUAAAGAAGUCAUAAAGCUGCUGCUGGAAAGAAAUAUUACUGAACGAACAGAUUUCGAGUGGAUCGCACAGCUGAAAUAUUACUGCAGCGCCGAGACUGUCGAAAUAUCGGUGUUCGACGCAACGAUUGAAUACGGAUACGAAUACAAUUAUUACCAACAGAAUAUCGUUAACACGCCGUUAACCGACAGAUGCUUUCGCACCAUAUUGCAAGCUUAUCGCUAUCAUUUGUACAGCGGCGUCGCGGGCCCGACAGGCAGCGGGAAAACGGAGACGAUCAAAAGUUUGACGAGGGCUCUCGCGAAGCCGUUUUACGCCGUCAACUGCAACAAUGACAUUUCUUACAAUUGCGUAAUACAGAUAUUCAAAGGGAUGAUCUCCUGCGGAGCGUGGAUUUGUUUCGAGAGCUUCCACGGAUUAAGAGUGGAAUUACUGUCGGCGAUCGCUCAGAAUCUCACGCAGAUAAAGCAAGCGGUGUCGUCGGACUUGAAGUCCGUGAAUUUCGAGGGCUGUGAUCUCGACUUGAACGCCACCGGAAAUAUAUGCGUGAACAUCAACACGGAACAAUCCGGAUAUACCGAUCUGCCGGACAAUUUGAAGAUCCUCUUUCGUUUCGCGUCGAUGACGAAACCGGACGUCGAGAGAAUCGUGGAAAUCGAGCUCUUCGCUGGCGGAUUUCUCCAUGCGAAAGACCUGGCGGCGAAACUGGCUGUCAGUUAUAAAUUAUUGUGCGAAUAUCUGGAGGAGAGGCGCCAUUACAAUUUCGGCGCGUCGUCGUUGAAGACCGUCGUUGCGACCGCGAUCGGCAUGAAGCAAAAUUUUCUCGACGAGAACGAGCACGCGUUGCUGCUGCGCUCGAUGAUCGACGUCAAUAUAUCGCAGCUGCGCGACACCGACAUACCUGUUUUCCAGAGUAUUAUGGAGGACGUUUUUCCGGAGUCCGAUGCGCUCGUUUUCGACUGCUCGGCGCUUUUCAACGCCCUCGAGAACGUAUGCGCGAAGAGAUUUCUCGCGCCGCACGCGACGUUCAAACUGAAAGCCAUUCAGAUCGUCGAAUUAAUGCACAUCCGUCGCGGUCUCGUGCUCAUCGGCGACCCUUUGAGCGGAAAGACGGAGAUUUUGCGCACACUCGCCGAGACGUUGUCAUUAUUGCGCGAUCGAGAAAACAAAAUCGGCGCCGCGGUGGAACUUGAAACAAUUGUGCCGUCGGUGGUGGACGGUAACGCGCUCUUCGGAUAUUUCUGCGACAAAUCUGAAACGUGGAGGGACGGCUUCUGCACCGCCGUAUUUCGCCGCUUUGCGGAGAGCAGCUCAGCGGAUCGCAAGUGGUUGGUCUUCGACGGCGAUUUAAGCGGCACGUGGAUAGAAAAUUUAUACACGACGCUCGACGAGAACAAAAUGCUGUACCUGACGUCUGGCGAACGACUUCCCGCGGCGGAGUCGAUGUCCGUCGUCUUCGAAACGUCGAGCACGGCGGAAAUCUCACCCGGCAUGAUAUCGCGAUGCGGAAUAAUCUAUAUCGAUUCGCAUUCCAUUGGCUGGAAACCGCGCGUGCUGUCUCACAUCGCGAGGCACGACAUUUACAGCGGACACGACAAGAUAUUGAGCGCUUUAUUCGACUGGACGAUAGAUCCGUGUCUCAGUUUUCUAAAGGCAAACGGCGACGUAGCAGACGGCCAGGAAUUACAUCUCGUUACGUCGACAUUGAAUUUAUUCGAGAUUCUGUUGCGGGACGCUUGCGAGGACGCCGCGGACGACAAGAGCAAGGACAAUUACUUCGUCGUCUGGGCGCAGGCUGCCUUGAUCCUGGCGAUCGUCUGGGGAUUGGGCGGAAAUUUAAUCAACGACCCGCAGACACGAUUCAACGCUUUCUGCGCGACGCUCUUGAGUGGCGCGGACGCGAAAUAUCCGAAGCCCGACGCGAUCAAACACUGUGACGUAACGUUGCCCAGCGAGGGUUUGAUUCAAGAUAAUUUCUACAUCUUCAAGGGUGUCGGCAAUUGGAAGUACUGGGGCGAUCUGCUGAAGAACGAAAAGAUGCCCGAGGUGUGCAACUUCAAUCCGAUUUACAUCCCGAGCGUUAACAGUCUGAAAUACAAUCACGUGUUCCUGAAACACGUGAAACGCCGGAAGCCUUUCCUCCUGUACGGCGACGUCGCCGUCGGCAAGACUUGUCUCAUGCACGAUCUUCUGAGCAACAAGCUGCCGGAAAAUUGUCUGUCCAAUUUUUUCAGCUUCGCUUCUAUGAUCGGCGCGACCAGAGCGCAGACAUUAUUGCUGUCGAAGCUGAACAAAGUGCGGCGCACCGAGUACAGGCCAGGCAGAAAUCAGUUCUGCGUGAACUUUGUGGACGACGUAAGCGCAGCCGUUCUCCAAAGACCGGAAGCGCAAUCCGUGUUCGAGCUGCUGCGUCAAUUUCUCAGUUACGGCUACUGCUACGACACGAAUGAAUUAAACAAGGUGUUUAUACAGGACGUUACGUUCACGAUUGCGGUUACAACGGGAAAAAUCGGUGGCGAGAUGCCGUCUAGAUUUUUGAGGCACUUCAAUACUUAUACGAUUGCCGCUCCUGCGGCGGAUAAUAUAUUCAAAAUAUACUUCAAUGUGUUGUCCGCCAACUUAAAGAGAAAUCUAUUCGCGGCGGACGUGACGGGAAGCGUGACGAGUAUAGUAAAUGCGACGAUCGAGGUCUAUAAAUCGAUAGUUAAAGAGCUGCGGCCUGUGCCGAGCAAACUGUAUUACUGUUUCGAUAUGAGAGACAUGUCGCGGGUGAUUAGCGGUUGCGGCUUGAUCCAGAAGGAAUCGGUGGAGACGAAAGUCACGUUUAUUCGACUAUGGGCGCACGAAGUACUGCGUGUGUUCGGCGAUCGCAUGUCGAACGACGGCGACAAGGAGUGGCUGUUCUUAAGAAUUCGCGACGCCGUGAAGAGCAACUUCAAAGACUCGUUCGAGGUCGCGUUCGAUUACCUGCCGAAAUUCGGCAGCAAUCAGAUCACCAAGGACAGCUUCGGCGAUCUGAUGUUCGGCAAUUUCAUGGACGCGGAGAAGAGCGGCAGGUGCAGGCGGUACGAGGAGAUCGGCUCGAUGGAGGCUCUGAGAAACAAGAUCCUCGCGUAUUUGGACGAGUACAACGCUAAUUUCAAGAGGAAGAUCGACGUCGUCGUGUGCCGCUACAUGCUGGAGUGCUUGAUCAAGAUUUGCCGAGUCCUCAGCAUGCCGGGCGGGAAUCUGCUGAUGAUGUCAACCGUGGGUUCCGGCAGGAGAACGACGACCGCCCUCGCCGCCUUCGUGCAGCAGCAGAGUUUCUUCGAGACCACCGCGGAGUCCUAUUACGAUAUGAGCGCGUGGAGAAGCGACUUGAGGAAAAUCCUGCGGGAGUGCGGAGCCGCGCGAAGAGACGUCGCGUAUUUUAUGAGCGAAAGACAGAUGAAGGACGCGUUCCUGAGCGACAUCGGCUGCUUGCUGAGCACCGGCGAGCUGCCCGACCUAUUUUCCGCCGAGGACCGGCAGAGUAUAAUCGACAUGACGCGACUGCACGCCCAGGGCGGCGAUCGGAACGCCGAGAUGAGCGCGCGCUCGGUGAUGACGUACUUCGUGGAGCAGUGCAGGAACAGAUUGCACUUCGUGCUGUGCUUCAGCCCGGUCAGCGCCGCGUUCAGAGCGUAUCUCUGCUCGCAUCCGAAUCUGGCGAAACACUGCACGGUGAACUGUUAUCAAGUCUGGCCCGAUCAGGCGCUGCUGGAGAUCGCCGUGAAACAUAUAAAACUCGUCAACGUGCGGGAGGAGCUCAAAGCGCGCGCGGCGAGAGUUUGCGUGCGAUUCCACAGCGACGCGAAGGAGAUGAGCUUGAGAUACGGCGAAGUAUUCGACAGAACGAUUCACGUGACGUCGUCGGCCUUCCUGCACAUGCUCAAAUUAUACACGCGACUAACGUCGGAGAAGCAGAAGGAGAUCGUUGCGACGCGGAAUCGAUACUUGGCCGGGUUGGAGAAGCUGGAACUGGCGGCCGAGCAGGUCGAGCAGAUGAAGGCCACUCUGACGAUCCUGAAGCCGCAGCUGGAGCUGUCCGCUCAGCAGACUGUGAUCACAAUGAAGGAAGUGGAGAACGAGAAUCUGACCGUCGAGCGAGCGACGAUUCUCGUGAAGCAGGAAGAAGAGAUCGCGAAUCGGAAGGCGGAGAUCGCCGGCACCCUGAAGACCGAAUGCGAGGCCGAUCUCGCCGUCGCAAUACCGAUUCUGGAGGACGCCGUGCUCGCGCUCAACACCCUGAAGCCCACCGAUAUCACGCUCGUGAAAGCGAUGAAGAAUCCGCCCGACACCAUCAAGCUGGUGAUGGCGGCCGUCUGCGUGAUGCUGAGCGUCCCGCCGGAUCGCACGAUCGAUCCGGCGACCGGCAAGAAGUUCACGGAUUACUGGGGCCCGAGCAAGCGCAUCCUAGGCGACAUGAACUUCCUGCAGAACCUGAAGGACUACGACAAGGACGACAUCGCGCCUGCGAUAAUGCAGGUCAUCAAGAAGACGUACAUGACAGACAACAGCUUCAUGCCGCAUAUCGUCGCGAAGGCGUCCAGCGCCGCCGAGGGACUUUGCAAAUGGGUGCGCGCGAUGGUGUCCUACGACGAGGUGGCGAAGGUCGUCGCGCCGAAGAAGAAGAAGCUGGCCGAGGCGCAGAUGGAGUGCGACGAGGCCGAGGCGUUCCUGAACGAGAAGCAGCAGACCCUGGCGGCGUUGAACGCGAAACUGGCGGCGCUCAACGACAGUCUGCGGCAGACGUUGCAGAAGAAGCUGAACCUGGAGAUGGAAGUGGCGACGUGCACCGCGAAGCUCGUCAAGGCGGAGAAACUGAUCGCCAGUCUGGGCGGCGAGAAGAGCCGCUGGAUGCAGUACGCGCAUAAUCUUCAGAUGAAUUACGACAGUCUCGCGGGCGACAUGCUGCUCUCGUGCGGAAUAAUGGCUUACAUGGCGUCCUACAGCACGUCGUUCCGCGACGAGACGCUGACCAAGUGGAAGGAAUUUAUGGAGGCUUCUGAGAUACCGUACACCAAAACCUAUGAUUUCAUAAACGUCCUCGGCGUGGAAAUCGAGAUCAAUCACUGGCAGCUGUGCGGCCUCUCGAAAAAUCGCUUCGCGGUGGAAAACGCUAUCAUCCUGAAGAAUUCGGAGCAGUGGUGCCUCUUCGUCGACUCGCAGAGUCAGAUAAAUCAGUGGAUCAAGAAGAUCGAAGAGAAAAACAAUUUAACAGUCGUUAAGCUGACAGAUCCUGAUUAUAUGUCGAUCAUCGAGCGAAACAUCGAGAACGGCGACCCGAUUUUACUGGAGAACGUCGGGGAGACGCUCGAGAUUGCGCUGGAGCCAAUUCUGCUGAAGAGCAUUUAUCGCGAUGAUGAAACUUGGUACAUCGAUAUCGCGACGAAAUCUAUUAAGUACUCGCAAGACUUUCGACUCUACAUCACCACGCGACUGUCAGAUCCGAAUUACACGGCGGAUAUUUUCAGCAAGCUCACGAUAAUCGAUUUCUCGAUGCCAGACGGAACUCUGCAAGACAAGCUGCUGGACAUCGUCGUCUCGAAAGAGAGACCGGAGCUUCAGGAGAAGUUCGAAGCGCUUCGCAUUCAGGACGCCAUCAACAAGAAGGUUCUUCAGCAGCAAGAGGACAACAUUCUAAGCACCCUCUCGUCGACCACCACGAAUAUCCUGGAGGACGAAGGCGCGAUACAGACCCUGGAUUCGUCGAAGAACCUCACUGUAGACAUCGUGAGAAAACAAGAAGCGGCCCGAGCGAUGAUUGGGGAUAUCAACAGAUUUAGAGACGCGUAUCUGCAGUUCGCCGAUCAUUGCGCGCGAUUGUUCUGCACGCUGAACACUCUGUCGAAUUUGAAUCACAUGUACCGCUUCUCAUUCUCGUGGUUCAUUCAGCUGUACGUCACGUCAAUCGAGACGUCGAACCGGAGCGUCGUUCUCGAGAAACGACUGCAGUUUCUCAAAUCUUCGUUCACGAGAAACCUUCACUCCAGCGUCUGCAGAUCGCUCUUCGAAAGGCACAAGCUCCUGUAUUCCUUCUUGCUGUGUGUAAGAAUUAUGAUAGACACUCGAGAAACCACGCAAGAGGAAGUUGAGCAUUUCAUCUCCACGAACGCGGGGGAUUCCGACGUGGUUCUAGAAUCGGCGCCGGAAUGGUUGCCGACGAUUAAAUGGAAAGAAAUCUGCAAACUGAGCAGCGCGCUGGCCGACUUUCGCGAGCUCGCGGAUGACUUUCGUAUCAACGGCGCAGUUUGGAAAAAAUACUGCAACGCGGAGCCCUUCGCGAGUCGUCCGAUACCGAAACCGUGGGCCGACAGACUGACUCGCUUUCAACAGCUGAUGCUCAUCAAAAUCGUGAGGCGCGACAAGAUCAUCGUGGAGAUAAUGCGAUUAAUAGAAGACACCAUGGAGGAUGUAUUCAACUCUUAUCCCCGCCUCCAGAUAGCCGAAUCGUACGCCGAGUCCAGCUGCCUCACGCCAAUUAUAUUUAUCCUGCCGAGCUACGCCUCGCCCUUGUCGCUCGUCUCGGCGUACGCGAGCGCCCGAGGCUACACCUCGAAGUUCAUUUCCCUGUCGAUGGGCGACGGACAGGCGAACAAUGCUGAAGUUCUCGUCGAGCGGGCGCGCAAAGAGGGUGGAUGGAUACUUUUGCUCAACUGCCAUCACGCCGCUUCGUGGAUUCCGCGGCUCGAAGGGAUUUACGAGAACCUGAAUCUAUCCGACACGUCCUUGGACUUCCGACUGUGGCUCUCCAGCUGCUCCGUCCCGGACUUUCCGAUCAGCAUUCUGCAGAACAGCGUGAAGAUCGCGUACGACUAUCCGCUGCGGCUGAAGCAGGGCUUGCUGCGAGCGUAUCGAUCGGAGCCGAUAAGGAGUAAAGAGUUUUUCGAAGGGUGUCCCGGAAGGGACAAAGAAUUCUCCAAGCUGCUGUACGGGCUCUGCUUCUUCCACGGAAUCGUCAGGCAGAGGAGACACUUCGGGCCGCAAGGAUGGAACAUGCCGUAUGAUUUCGACCACAUGGACUUCGAGAUGUCCAUCAGGCAGCUGCAGAAUUUGAUCAACGCCGAAAACCUGUCAUUCGACACGCUGCUCUACCUUGUCGGCGAGUGUAAUUACGGCGGGAAGAUCAUAGAUAACAUUGAUCGGAAGUGCCUGCGAUACCUAUUACGCUGCUUUUGCAACGCUCGUGUAAUCGACAGCGGCAAUUAUUCAUUUUCCGAUUGCGCGGAGCACGCGGUGCCUCAAAGAUGCGAAUACCGCGACAUUAUCAUACAUAUCAACGACAUGCAGUUGGACGCGUCGCCGGAAGCUUUCGCCACCGACGAAAAUGCUCUCGUCAGGAAAGACACCGCUGUCGCCGAAGAAUUUCUAAAAUCGAUAUCUCGUCUUGAUCAAAUCGGAUCGCCGAGCGACGACGUCGCCCAGGAUAAAAUAUUGCAAGCUAUUGAUAAAAUUACCGACAAAUUGCCCGCUUUAUUUAAUAUUAACGAGAUACAGGAGAAACAUCCUCUUACCUCGCGCGAUCCGUUAAACGCGAUUCUCAUUUAUGAAGCUGAACUGAUUAACAGAAUUUUAAUUAUAAUUACAGAAUCGUUGAAUAAUUUAAAGUCGGCAUUGAACGGCGAAAUUGUUUUGACCGAUUCUUUAGAAGAUUUUGCUAAAGAAAUAUACAAGAAUAAAAUUCCACGCGUUUGGAAGACGAUCGACGUCGGCAUUGUGACUGAAUAUUUGCCAAAUUAUAUCAGUUUGUUCUUGAAACGUGUAAAUUAUGUGCAAAGCUGGCACGAUAGCGGCUUACCUCGUAUUGUCCGCUUCGACGCGCUGUCUUGUUGCAAGAGAUUUUUGCUCGCGGCUCUCCUUAUGUUCUCACGAUGUCGCAAUGUACCUGUUGAACAGAUUACAUUAAACCUCAAAGUAAAGAAAUGUGAUUCCACGUAUAGCGAGGAAAGCGUAGAUACAUAUUAUAUUCACGGUUUAUAUUUAUCCGGCGCUCGAUGGGAUACGCAGAGGCAUGUGUUAAUUGAAAGUUUGACGAAUGUAUUCUGGCACGACAUGCCGCCGAUAUGUCUUACGUUUAGUACGGAAGAAAAGGCUGUCGAUAACAUUUAUGAAUGCCCCGUAUAUAUCUCGUCGAUGCGAUACCACGAAGCACAUACUGAUACGAAUAGAAAUAAGAGGAAUUUUAUUACGAGCGUAUCUUUGGAAACUGACAAAUCGCAUGAACAUUGGAUAAAACGUGGCACAGCAUUAUUUUGCCAAGUCGACAAAUAAUUUGAGAAGCGAAAAAUCCGCUUAGCGACGUA